AUGGCGCGCGGAAGCUACGAAGCCUUUGGGCAACGCUUUCACUGCGAAAGCCUCGAGUACCUGCACCAAGACGAUAAGGUGUUUAUCUGUCCACAGGACCAGAAGGCUUUUCUGAACCAGAUGUCCAUGCGCUAUCAUCAGUACAUCCGGCAUGAGCUCCAGGAGCGCAAGGCAGAGCGGAAGCGCCUCCGGGAGCGCGCCGAGGAGAGGAAGGCACGGGCUGAUCGGCAUAGACAGCAGCCGGAGAGCCAACCGGCAAGGGUGGUUCCUGCAGACCCAGUUCCCGUCAUCACACCCGAUCCAGGAUUGGAGGUGAAGCCGCUUCUGAUGCCUGACGUUCCAGAAACGCCACCACCCGUCAUCAACGAGGACUUCCAGGAGGCCAAGUCGGCGUCAAAGCCUAGAAACGAGGCAGAUCCCAGGCUGGCAUCCACGUUGACGCCGUUGCCAGUUCAGCAGACGCCCCUGACACCGCCGCCUUCAAUCCCGAAAGCGGCUGCGGAUGACGAUCUUUAUGGUGACAUCGGAGGCGAGGAGGCAAAGCGACAGAAGACGGGCUCGUCUUAUGCCAGUGCAAUGACAGCAAUGAUGACCGGUGACUUUGAUGAUGACGACUGA